AUCCGUCACACACACGCAAGAGCCCCAUGUACGCCAUCACCAUCAUUCUCCAUUUGCCCAUAUCGCAAACGCCGCCAAGUAUGAGACCUUGCUCAAGGGGUGCCAACUUGAAGAACCCCACGCAUCUAUCCACUUCUGCCCCCGGACAAGACUCGCUUGCUUCCUCCCUCGACUCCGACCGCCGUGCAGGGUGGGCGUUCGUUGAGGCUAAUCUGGGCGUGGAUUCAUUCCUCUCAUCAUCACUAAGCAGCGACGUGGACGACCGAGUCGAUGUUGUUGGUCAGCACUGGGAUGUCAUCAUGCGGGCGCUCACCAGUCUGCAACAUGUAGUGCAAGAACGCAUUCUCGCGCAGUUCAAAACGCCCAAAUCCCCCGAGCCCACCACACCCUCAGGAGCUCAGCACCAACGGAGCCAGUCUUCUCGAACUAGUUUUCGCGAGUCAUCCAUUCAAUACUCUCGGAAGGCUUUGAGGCUGCAGCCCAAUGCUCUGAUGUUGGAUAGGGAAAUCCAAAUCGCUGCAGAAUUAACCGGGAAUCGUGUCGUCAGUGGCAUGAGGAUCCCUCGCGUCAUGACUGGCCAGGGGAAAUGGGGCGUGUGGCGCGAAGAGGCCAGAUGGCUUGGUCGGUGGGCAGGCCGCCGAGAGCAGAAUUUCUUCUUCUUCAACCUCCUAACGGCAUUUCUCGGGAAUCACACCGAAUGGCUGAAUAUGCUGGGCCCAAAGUGGCACCGCAAGCGCCAUCGCGAACAGCAAAAGGCAACCGCAGGUGAAAACCUGACAAUUGCCAACCGCACCGUCGUUGUGUCACCAGACAAGAUGGCUGCAAGGAGAUUGAUCUUCCUCCUUGCUGCCUUUCUGCCAUCUAAUGCAUCUGCCGUGGCUGACAAUACGUACAUGCGCCCCAGCACCUCAGCGUCACUCCGAGCCUACUCUCAGUCGCCUCCCACCAACAUACCUCCCUCAAGGCAGCAAUCCCUACGCCGCCAAAUCAAUCGUAGGGGGCCCCGUCAUAAGCAAAGCAUGUCGAAUAUACUUUUGCAGCCUCCAAAAGUUCAAAAUGCUCAACAACCAUCAGCGCCACUCACCCAUGAGCGCUCUGACUCUGCUUUGAUUGAGACAACCGAGCUUUCUCGGCCAGUAGGCCACUCUCGGCGCUCUUCUGCACACUCAGUCCGCACGAGUCUACCGAUUCCUUCCUUAUCCGAAGGACCAGUCACAUCAAGCAGCACUGUCACCACUUCGACAGCAAUGCCUCAAGAGACGAUUCCUGUCGCUCAUUUCACAUUUCCUAGGACCAAAUCAUUUGGCCCUGCCACUGAGACGCGGCCGGAAAGCAGUGAUAGCCUUGCAUCGUCCAACUUGAUCAGUACUUUGCAAAGAAGUGGUACUGGACAAACCAGCCUUGCAAGCAAUGAUUCCAGCAACACGAGUCGUUGGAGCGGCUUCAUGAACUUCUGGAGUGGUCGACGGUCGUCCUCGACGGACCAGAGUGAAUUCUUUCAAACAACAGACGAUGGUGUCGGAUAUCGCGGGCAAGAGCGGUCGCGGUCGCAGCUCGAGCUCAUGGUACAAGAACUCUCCAUGGAUCGCGUAUUCGAGAGCGAUGCUGCCGACUCCCCACUUCCGCCUGACACUUCUACCGACAACACCUCUCCUGAUUCCUACUCUAAUACUGGGUGUCCUGGUGUUCCUGCUUCGGCUGCACGACCCAUCCCUGAGCGUCCAGGGACAUUCGAGGGCCACUUGAAGCUUUCGGUCAACGAAAAAGACGGAGUGAUUGAUGUCGAUAUUCCCCUUCCUGAUUUCGACUCUCCUCUGCAGUCACCGCUCCUCGGAGGCUACGGAUCGGCGUCUAGCCAACCAGGCUCCAGCUUCGGCGAGUCAUCUGUCCUCUCGGUGCCACACGGCGAGCCAGAACAGCCUGCUAAUGUGGCUGGAUGGUUGAGCCAGUUCCACCCCGACUUUGCUGUCCAAGCCAUCAAGCCAUAUCGUGAGCUUGAACGCGACAUCAAACGAGCAAUGAGUGCAGAGCCUACCCCUCUGAGUGCUACGACUACGCCCAGUCUAGAGUCUGGUCCAGUGGAGCGCUGGAUUGACAUAUGUUCUGCACUCAUCGCUGACACGAGUAACUUUUCCAUUAAGCGCAUCAGCCUGCGCCGUCUGGUCAAGCUCAUUCCUACCCCUACCUAUCAGCAGUCAGCAAUGACACCGGGCGUGCUGCCGGGUCGCUCUCAAUACGGGAACCCGUACACAUCCAGCACGGUUGUGCCCUUGAUGACUGAAGUCCACCUGGCUGAGAAGUUUGUCACAGAGACAAUCAUGGACUUUGAUGCCACCCUGAUUGAUGGUGUGGAUCGCGUUCUUGCUCAAUCAGGAGAAGUAACUCGCGUCAACUCGGCUCAAUCAUCGCGAUCCAGUAGCAGGAGGGGGCGUCGCGAUACCAGAGCGGAUUCUGAUGCCAUUCCACACGUCGAGGUACCGCACAUUGACUGCAAGAGUGUUCUCUUUGAAGCUCUAGAGAGUGUGGUCAAGGAGGUCACCGCUGAACGCGCUGGCAGACAUGCGUCGAAGGGUAGUGACGACAAGAAGACAGCAACAACCAAAACUGCCGUGCCCAAGACCGAGAACGAUUCGUCGUUGAAGGAGGGCAUUCGCAGGUGGCUGACUGAAGUCGAGUGAAGCCUGGUAAGUUUGCUAUAUCUAUAGCGUGUAUUAUACUUUGGAUUUUUUUGCUGCGUUUUAGCGAGUAUUGUUUAGGUCUGUCUAGGAAUCGAGGCGGCCAUUUGCGAUUUCUUUGUUUUUUCCUCUUUCUUGCGAGGAGUUAGGCCAAGGCAUACCCAGGCUAUUUGGGGGUUAUGCUAUGGGCAAGGAGAUCUUCAACAGUAUGUGGAUGGUUUUAGAUGGAACCAUGGGCCUUUGUGAAAUCACAAAGCGCAUCCAUAGCAGGCGCGAAUGUUAUCAAGAGCGUAACCAUACCUGCGCAUGAC